AUGGAUGCCGCGGACAAUGAUGUGUUCAUUCAGAAACAUGCGGCUGAUUUCAUUGCCGACUUUGACCGCUCCUUAGGGCCCUUCUUGAGGAAGCCGAACGGCCAGCUAAGGCGGCGUGUUCGGUCUAGGGAAACGUUAAGGUUGAUCUCUCAAGAACUGCCACAGCUUCUUGACCCUCAUCUUCCGAGAUGGCUCCCAGUCUUAGCAAACGCUUAUUUGGAGUGUUUGCAAGACCGCAGGAAAUCAAGCAAGUUGUCGACGAGAUCUCAGCUGCUAUAUCCCCUUCAAAAUGCAAUCUGCAGGAUCAUAUACACUUUCUGCAAAGUCAGAGGCGAGAAAGUAAUUGUGAGAUUUCUCAAUGUUGAAACAAGAUAUCUCGAGCUCUUGUUACAGGCCAUCGAAGAUUCGGAACGAGGCGCAGACGCGGCCCUGAAAACGGAGCUAGUCAAUGCUUGGACAUGGCAUGAGAGGUAUGUGGUCCUUAUUUGGCUAUCGCAGUUGUUCUUCGCGCCUUUCGAUCUGUCUACUAUUUCCUCGGGCGGCGCCGAUGAAUUUGAGCAACCAGAUCUGCCAGGUUUUCAAUGGCCACAGCACGUGCCGCGCAUUACUUUGAGAGUGGUCCCUCUAGCUAUUUGCUAUCUCGCUUCACCCGGAAAGGAGCGAGAUGGGGCAAAGGCCCUCUUAGUUCGCCUAGCCAUGCGAAAAGACAUGCAAGAACUGGGUGUGUUGAACGCCCUUGUGCAAUGGGCUCUGUACACACUCAGAUCGACAAAGGACACAGCCGAAGUGACUUCAUAUUAUUUCAUUGGGAGCCUGUCUUUCCUGGCUGGCGUCUUGCGUGCGGCUGAAGACACCUCUAUUAUGGAUAACCACCUUGCUACGGUUUUCGACGCCAUACAGGCGAUUCCUGCAGAAGAUAACGAUAUUCAUAAAGUCAUCAAUGGGUCCGCCGUGGCGCGCAAGGUGAUGAUCAAGAUCACUAGAUCAAUUAUCACUAUAGUGCUACGAAAGUCUCAACAAAGCAUCGGGGAUACUGAGAUGGUAGAAACUACGAUUGGAUACUUGCUCGAGCGUCUCGCAGAUAACGAUACACCAGUUAGAUUCGCUGCCAGCAAGGCAUUGAGUAUCAUAACGCUCAAGUUGGAUCCAGACAUGGCCUCACAGGUCAUCGAAGCCGUCAUCGAUUCCCUAAAUCGCAAUGUCCUUUGGGUUGAGAACAAGUCAGACCCAAAGGCACCGGCUGUCAGGGAUCUCGCAGCCGUUGACCCCUUGGAAUGGCAUGGACUCAUGCUCACUUUAUCUCAUCUUCUCUACAGAAGAUCACCGCCUCUAGAAAACCUCUCGCAUAUAAUCCAUACACUACUCAUCGGUCUAUCUUUUGAAAAACGAACACCCUCUGGCAGCUCAAUGGGAACUAAUGUUAGAGAUGCUUCUUGUUUCGGAAUAUGGGCGCUCGCUCGCCGCUACAGCACUGUGGAAUUACUCCAAGUGGAAACCCAGUCUGUUCUUGUGGCUAGGGGACAUAAUCCUACUGCAUCAAUUCUACAGGUUAUCGCGACAGAACUAGUCGUCACCGCAUCUCUGGACCCGGCUGGCAAUAUCCGACGUGGCUCAUCUGCUGCUUUGCAGGAAUUGAUUGGCCGUCAUCCCGAUACAGUAGAGACAGGUAUUUCCGUGGUUCAAACUGUUGACUAUCAUGCAGUCGCUUUGCGUUCUAGAGCAAUCCACGAGGUGGCUCUCCGAGCGACUAGGUUAUCGCCUCAUUAUGGGCAUGCUCUCUUAGAAGCAACCCUAGGUUGGCGAGGCAUUGGGGAUAUGGACGCAAGCGCCCGAAGAGUAGCCGCCACUUCUUUUGGGGUGUUGACUGCGGAGCUAGCCCGAGCCGCUUCAGAAAUUCCGCUCGAUAACAUAGCUACUGCGAUUGAAAUGCUACUUGCUAGAAUUCAACGACUCCAGGUAAGACAAGUGGAGGAGCGGCACGGUCUCCUGUUAAGUCUUGCGGCGAUCUUUGACAGCGUCCCAAACUUUAUUGAAGAACGAGGGCUCGAGGGGCAAGUCAACCGACUCCCUAUUCCUAAGGUGUAUAGCAGCCUCAAAGCAAUAUUACAAGAAUCGAAAGACAUGAAAUUUCGAAAACCGGAGUUGAUAGCAGAGGCUAUCGGCACAUUAAUUGUCUCUGCUACUCCCGUGUUACUACUACGUCUCUCGAGCGAUGCGCAGCAGCUCUCCCAAUUAAAGGAAUUCAUAGAGCGAGGAUCGGUUCUCGUGGAUGAGACAAAGCAGAAUCUUCUUCUAAAAGCAUUCAGCUUUAUUGACGUUAUUCGAACUCAUAAACAGGACCUAUUUGAAGAUUUUCUCGAAAUCGCCGAGGCAUGCGUGAAUGACUGGCUCGACAGGAAUGAAGCGGAAGUCAUACAACCUUCAUCCGAGGCUGCGUUGAUUCUUCUCCUCCUGUCAAGCCCUGCGAGGCGAGGUGAAAUCAUCAAAAAUUGGUGCGAGAAGAUCUCCACACCUCACACGCCACGAGGGAAUCAUGGCGAUGGGUAUUUCCAUGCACUCACCCGAAGUCAGCCGUUCUUGAACUAUCUUGAAACUACUGGAGACGCGGAAACCAAGCAUAUUUCCAUACCUACGGUCCUGGGAGAACGGUGGGCAAAAGAUCAUAUGGUUGAAACACACUCGGCUAUCUUACAAAGCCUUAUUGACAAGAAUGUCUUGCGGACGGCAUCUCCCGAAGUCCUUGGGCUGAUUUCAGAAGGACUGGAUAACUAUACAACAACCGCGCGGGGUGAUAUUGGUUCCCACGUUAGGUUAGAGGCAAUCAGGGCCACAAGGACACUUUGGCAGACUCGAAAUGUGAACCAGGAAUCUGCAAUUCGAUUAUUCCCUCAGAUCUUGCGAUUGGCAGCCGAGAAACUGGACCGCGUACGAGCCGAGGCAAAGUCAGCACUGGAAGUAAUUAUCCAACCGAGUGACUGCAAGAUAUUCAAGGAGCUCUCAUUUGCAUCGCGAGACUAUUUCAAUUUUCUGUUCACACUCCGUGAUAUGACUCGGCUGGAUCUUGCCGCCCAUAACUCUACUCUGAGCAUCGAAGGCUGCACGUCCAGCUUGCUAGCCGGGCUUGUCACAUCGGCAGAUACAGGAAAUGACGACCUGGUGGUAGAGACGCGAGCUGCCCUCGCUCAGCUUUGUGAAGUAUCGGAUGAAGACCUGCGUCAAGUCUAUGGCUCCUUGCUGUAUAACUUGAAGCUGUAUGCCGGGCAGGACCGGGUGUUAGUCCCUACGCUCGAAGUCAUCGCAUAUCUGUCCCACGUCGGCCUGCUCCAGCGCUGGUACAACGUCGCCUAUUUUGCUAGUGCCAACAAUGUUAUCACAGCUCGUACAGAUGGUCGUCACAUCAACCUUAAACAGCUCUGCUUGCUCGUGCAGAAGGCAGCGUACAAGACUGGCAACGUUCGCAAGUUGGAGGCAUGUAUCAAAGUCUACGGUGCCAUUGCGUCGCUGCAGACUGAAAGAACCCAUGGCGACAUUGAUGAUGCCGGCCGGCUGGAAACGGCCAAGGUCACGGAUCCCGGACUAGCGGGGGGGGAGCAGCACGAAGAGGGGGUUGCGGAGGCGAAGAAGCGUCUGGCCGCACUGCUGGCUCACCCAUGGCCUAGAGUUAGGAGCAUGGUCGUUGAUGAGGUGUGGAGUCUCGUAGGAUUGGGGAUAGAAUUUAGUGGUGGCGGUGACAGGAGCGACGGGAAGCAAGAGAUCAACAACGAGAGGCGGGGCUAUGAAGAGAUGGAGAAGGCGGCAGCAGAAGAGGGGAUGAAGAAGAGCAAUCUGCUUCUCGGUACCGAUUGGGGUAAAGCUGAUAAAGUUUACAUCAAGAGGAUCGUGGGGGAAAUUGGGUUGGAAUAA